AUGCGUGGGGCCAACUUACAAGUGGAACUCAGUGAUUCGGACCAACUUCAAACUCAAAUCCGACAUGACGAACGACGGUGGAGCGCGGCUGAUUUAGAUGAAGAUGGGAAGCUUUCGUUUCCCGAGUUCGCAAUGUUCCUUCAUCCACAUCUGUACCCAGUCAUGAGGGCUGUUUUGAGUGCGGAAGUUUUGGAGACUAUGGACCAAGAUAAGGACGCUCAAGUGUCUGAAGAAGAAUACAUCAGUGAAAUUGCACGAGCUCAUCGAAGGGUUUUCUACAGAGGACUGCCGCAACCGCCCUGGGUGGAUAGAGAGAAAGUCCAGUUCCGGAUGUAUUUGGACCUCGACAAAAACGGGAGUUUAGAUCAACAGGAGAUUGGAGAGUGGCUUUUUCCCAAGGAUUAUGAUGAAGUGGAUUCGGAAGUGUUACACCUGCUUCUCUAUCUUGAUUCAAAUCAGGAUGGUGCCUUAACGAGAAGUGAGGUCCUGCAGGAUCUACACUUGUUCCUACGGAGCCAGCGAACACCAACUAAACAGUUAGAAAUUAUUCAACAGGAAAACGCAUAUCUCAUAUGCACCUUGAUUUUGAAAACUGAACGCCCUCAUGUGUCUUCUCGAACGUUCGUGAAUUUUCAUUGA